GCCAAGUGACCAGGCGACAGCCGCGGCGGCAGAGGCUCUGCCGAGGUGACAAUGUGCUAGGAACCCCGCUCCUACUCCUGCGCCUCCUCGGCCUGGGCGCCCCCUGGCCGCAUUCGCCGAGCCUCGCGGCCGCUCGCCGCGCUAUGUGGGAGCGUCUCCCGAGCUGGCCGAGGCCGGGGCUGCCUUGCUCUGCUCGCCGAGAAGUGUAAGAGAGGCACGGGCGGGAGCCAGGGCUACGAGCGGUGCGGGCUCCAGGUGAGAGCGGCUCUCGGCUCAGCUGCGCGCCGGCGGGGUUGCAUCCCGGCAGCAUCCCGAGUGCGGACCACCGAGCUCUCAGCGCGGGAUCGUCAGCCUCCAUACCAGAUGCAUUUUGUAGGAGUACUUUGAAGAUGAAUGUUUUCAAAUCAUUUUGAAAUAGCCAAGCACCAUACACUUGGGAUGUAUCCUGCUUUUGUCCUGGAGUUCACCUCUGUGGCUUGGACUUAUCUCAGGAAUAUUCGUCUCUAGUCCCUGUGUUCACUAGAAAUCAAGCAUGAGGAGAUUUGUCUACUGCAAGGUGGUUCUCGCCACUUCGCUGAUGUGGGUCCUUGUUGAUGUCUUCCUACUCCUGUACUUCAGUGAGUGUAACAAAUGUGAUGACAAGAAGGAGAGAUCCCUGCUGCCUGCACUGAGGGCUGUCAUUUCAAGAAACCAAGAAGGUCCAGGAGAAAUGGGAAAGGCUGUGCUUAUUCCAAAAGAUGACCAAGAGAAAAUGAAAGAGUUGUUUAAAAUCAAUCAGUUUAAUCUCAUGGCCAGUGACUUGAUCGCCCUUAACCGAAGUCUGCCGGAUGUGAGAUUAGAAGGAUGCAAGACGAAAGUCUACCCUGAUGAACUUCCUAACACGAGUGUAGUUAUUGUGUUCCACAACGAAGCUUGGAGCACUCUACUUAGAACUGUCUAUAGUGUCAUAAAUCGCUCCCCACACUACCUGCUCUCUGAGGUCAUCUUGGUCGAUGAUGCCAGUGAAAGAGAUUUUCUCAAGUUGACAUUAGAGAACUACGUCAAAACUUUAGAAGUGCCAGUAAAAAUUAUCAGGAUGGAAGAGCGCUCUGGGUUAAUACGUGCCCGUCUCCGAGGAGCAGCUGCUUCAAAAGGACAGGUCAUAACUUUUCUGGAUGCACACUGCGAGUGCACCUUAGGAUGGCUGGAGCCCUUGCUGGCAAGAAUAAAGGAAGACAGGAAAACCGUUGUGUGCCCUAUCAUUGAUGUUAUUAGUGAUGAUACCUUCGAAUACAUGGCUGGGUCAGACAUGACUUAUGGUGGUUUUAACUGGAAACUAAAUUUCCGAUGGUAUCCAGUUCCUCAAAGAGAAAUGGAUAGAAGAAAAGGAGACAGAACAUUACCUGUCAGGACCCCUACUAUGGCUGGUGGCCUAUUUUCUAUUGACAGAAACUACUUUGAAGAGAUAGGAACUUACGAUGCAGGAAUGGAUAUCUGGGGUGGAGAGAAUCUUGAAAUGUCUUUUAGGAUCUGGCAAUGUGGAGGCUCCCUGGAGAUUGUGACUUGCUCUCAUGUAGGUCAUGUUUUUCGAAAGGCAACUCCUUAUACGUUUCCUGGUGGCACUGGCCAUGUCAUUAAUAAGAACAACAGAAGACUGGCAGAAGUUUGGAUGGAUGAAUUUAAAGAUUUCUUCUAUAUCAUAUCUCCAGGUGUUGUCAAAGUGGAUUAUGGAGAUGUGUCAGUCAGAAAAACACUAAGGGAAAAUCUGAAGUGUAAGCCUUUUUCUUGGUACCUAGAAAACAUCUAUCCAGAUUCCCAGAUCCCAAGACGUUAUUACUCACUUGGUGAGAUAAGAAAUGUUGAAACAAAUCAAUGCUUAGACAACAUGGGCCGCAAAGAAAAUGAAAAAGUGGGUAUAUUCAACUGCCAUGGCAUGGGAGGUAACCAGGUAUUUUCUUAUACUGCUGACAAAGAAAUUCGAACUGAUGACUUGUGCUUGGAUGUAUCCAGACUCAAUGGACCUGUAAUCAUGCUAAAAUGCCAUCAUAUGAGAGGAAAUCAGUUAUGGGAAUAUGAUGCGGAGAGACUCACUUUGAGACAUGUUAACAGUAAUCAAUGUCUUGAUGAACCUUCUGAAGAAGACAAAAUGGUGCCUACCAUGCAGGACUGCAGUGGCAGCAGAUCUCAACAAUGGCUGCUGAGGAACAUGACCUUGGGAGCAUGAAGAUCAUUUCUUCCAAGAACAUGAAAGUCUACACUUUUGUUUAUCCAUUGUUUCAGUUUGGUGAAAAUAUUAACUUUGCUGAAUUAAAAGUUUUAAAAAUACUUUUAGUAUUCUAAAACACAGUUGUUUAUAAUUAAUUUUUAGGAAUGUUUAUUUCCCUACUAAAAUUUGUAUCUGAUUGAAGAAGCACAUAAAAUAUAUAUAAUAGGAAACCAUUAUUAAACCUUUGAACUGUUUGAGAAAAAAUACACACUUUAUGUUUGCUUUAUACUGUCUUCAUUAUCCCUCUUGUCAUAGGGUUACUUGAGGUUGGCUUACUUUGUGUUGUAAUGAUGAUGGAAAGAGAGAUCAUGUAAUGCCUUAUAUUAUAUCUUAAUUAUGAAAUAUUAUUAAUGCUUUGUAAAAUGCUUUUUUUCUUACAAAAUCUUCAUGAAACCAUGGUGAAUUUCUGGGCUAACAAUUGGAGUACAUAUAAAAUAAUUCAUGGUCAUUAAAUUCAUUGACACCAAAUGUUCAGUACAAGGAAAAAAAUAAGUUUGCUGCUUAAUUUGUAGAACAUAAAAUCCUCAUACCACAUAAAAAUUAAAUAUUCAAUUUAAAUAAUAAUUUUAAGUCAAAUGACAAGAGAAAUAAGUCAGAUAUCAAGGAGGACAAGUAGAAUAUAAUCUCCAAGAAUACUGAGAGAGAAUCUUCACUUCCAACUCAACUUGAGGACAGUCUUGCUCUGGGAGCUGAUGUCAGGGUUUGAAUUCAGCUGCCCUCUGUCUCCAUACACCUUUGCCCUUCACUCUAGAACUGGAUGUGAAGUUCUAUCACUUUUAGUUCAGUCAGUGAUAUCACUGGCAUUUUGUAUUUUAUAAAAAAUAUGGUACUGUCAUAAUUUAUUGCUAUGCUAUAAAAUCUAAUGUUGAUCACUGGAAAACAAAAUCCAUGAGAAUUCAUUAAAGUGAUAUUAAUUAUACUAGGAGACAUGUUUGACUCAGUCUUAAUUAGGCGAAUUUCAUGUGUUAUUCCGACUUUAAAAUCACUUUGAACACAGUAGAUGUUAUGAAAAAGAAGAAAAAAGUGAUGGAUAUUAGUAAAUAUUUAUAUUUAAUAACAUUUUAAGUGACCAUUUAGUUGUUGUACAUGUAUGUUUUAUUUUUGUACCUAAGAAUGGCAGGAAAACUAUGGAGAUAGAUCAAGAAGAAGAUUCUUCAGGAGCAGAGUCCAUUCUUUUGACCUUUGAUGUUAAAUGAUCUAGAAAAAGCAUUAAAAGGCUAACUACACCUCGUUUACCACCCUAUCUCCUCUCUUUAUCUGUCUUUCUUUCUCCUCUGACUCUCCACACACACAUAUACAACUUAGGAAUGAGAAAGAUAAACUUUUUUCAAUACCUAAAAAUCCCAGUUAAUUUAUGUAGCUGGCUUUCCCCUUUGAUUCCACACUGUUAGAAUUCUGAAAAAUUUGAACUUGAAGUGUUUCAGGUUUGCUGCUUAAAGCUCAAGCAUCUUUUACUCCAGGAACUUCAAGUAAUUCUUAGGUUUCUCAAAAUUUUAGACAAAACACUGAACAUUAGGGCUUUUAUUCCUAGGAUAGACAUAGUUGAUACUACUACAUCUAACAGGAAGAUACCCAUGGCUUUCAAGAGAUAAUGACCCUUAAACUGAUCACAACCACUAAGUCAACUAGAACCGACAACAAACCCAUUUUCUGUUUUUAGUCUCUUCUCACACAUUCUCUUAUGAUUCUGACUAUAAUAGCAUGAAAUACCCCUAUAUGGGGAUUUUCUGUAAAUUAGGAAGUGUAGACUCUCAAGAGUUUGUUAUGUAACAUGCUCCACUUACCGCAAAAAAAAAUCCACAUGUAGAGAGAGUGGUUGGUAACAUUUUAAAAGAAUACAAUUACUUAAUGGGAAGUAAAUUUCAGCAGCAUUUUAUGUAAAUUAAAAUUUCUUCUGCUCGCAGUGAAAUACAUGAAAAGAAUUCUCAAAGACUCAUCGCAUGAUUUGGAUAUAUGCACAUAGUAUCUAAAAAGAAAGAAUAUAGAGUGUGGAGGGAUAGUACAAUACAAACCAUCAAAAUUGGAAAGAUUUGAGAUUUUCAAGAAUGUUUGCCUUCAGUAAAGAAAAUUAAAAUCUUGAUUGGAAUCACAAUGAGUCUCUCACACACACAUUCACAAUUGAAAUUGAUCUGGGCUAGUAGAUAUUUCAAUUGCUUCAGUCUAUACAUUCCUCUGGGUUUAUCUCAUAAUAACAAAUGCAAUUUCCACCUUCUGAACAUUCAUGCCAAAACUAGAAAGUUGAGAACUGAGGAAUAAUAGACACAGUUGGCAAAGUGCUUUCCCUGACCCCCUGCCUUCAGCAUGAAGAUCGUAGACAGAUUACAAGAACCCAUUUUUAAAAGAGCAAUGUGGUGGCAAGUGUUUUUAAUCAUUGCAACUUGGGAGAUGAAGAAUGUGCAUUCCUUGAGUUUCCUAGUCAGCCAGCUUAGCUUAAUUGGCAAGUUCCAGGCUAAAUGAAAGACUGUGUCCUUAACAUCAAGUGAUGAUGUCUAUGAUUGACCUCUAGCUUUCACAUGUGAAUACACUUAAACGCUUGCAAAUGUGUGCACAAGCAUAAAUACACAUGUAAAAUAUGUAAGGUCACUUUUGACUUCUUUCUUUUCAAACUUUUUAAGCCUGUCUUACCUGUGGCCCACCAUCUGCAUGAAACUUCCUGCAGCAAAAUUAACUAGGACUUAGUCCAAGAAAAAAUUUAAACUUGUUCAAAACAUUUUUGGAUAUAUUCACUUUUUUGAUAACUGACUUUAUUGUUAUCAAGUGUUGAUUUUGUAGGUGAAAACAUCGUGUUGCAAUAUCAAAAGGUUGGACAAAUUGAAUCUAAUCAUUUGAAGAUUAACUUGAUGCUCUCUUUGGUAUAUAACCAGAAACCAUUAAUUUGCUACCAAAUUCACCGUAUGUUACUAUUUCUGAGAUUCAAAAUUAUAUACAGUAUGCAUAUAAGUAUGUUUGUCUCAUUUUUACCAGUUAUUACCCAGUGCUACACUUCUUUCCUUAAUUAUAAUAACCACAUAGAUAAUGUUUAACAUGAAUUUUUAUAUUUCCCUGAAUAUAAUCUUCCAAUUAAUUUUCAUCUCAUUUAAUAGCCCUCAUGUCUCUAUAUGCAGACAAAUACAGUCAACAAACAUACACGCACAUACUCUCUGCAAGUCUAUAUGUGCACAACAUAUCAUCCACACAUAUGUAUGUAUGCACAUGUGUAGACAUCUAUGUUUCUUAAUCUUUUAUCAUCUUGCCUUUCAUUAUGCCGUACUGGCUGCCAAGCAAGCUUCUGCUUUAAUGUUGGUUCUGUCUGCCCCAAAGAUGUCAUUCACUUCAUUUCUUUAGGUUUCUAUUCAAACAGUGAACUCUUGUCCUGUCUGUGAUUUCUAGGUCCUAUCCUUUUGACCAAAAUAAGUCUGUGGUUUUAUUUACAUUAGUUUCUGCAAGUCUCAUGCUCCAACACUCACUGGGGAAAACAGUUACAUUUAUUUAGGUACUUUGUUUUAGUACAUCUUUGCAAGGUUAAUAAUACUCUAUCACUGAUCUACACACCCAGUCAUAUAAGGCCUUUUAUGGCAAGUUUUGUCCAUAGCUGUGUUCAGAUUCUUGUGUUAGCUCUUGGCAUAUAGUAAGUACACAUGUUGAAGUAAUGAAAUUGAGAGUAUUAAAGUUGUUAAGCUGUAUCACAUGUUUUCAUACUUGCAACUUUACUUUUCAGUAAUGUCUUUAGAGAACUUUCAGAGCUUUGUUUUCAAAUGUUAAUUUUUCCUAAUAUAAUUCAUGUUAAAAUGUGGACUAUAUGUUGUCCUCUGUGUUAAAAUCACCUGCCUUAUGGAAAUGAAAUAUGCCACUUUAUUAAAAUGCUGCUGUAAGAUAUAGGUUGCUUUACUUAACUAAAAAUAAUUAAGUAUCAGAGUUUCAGUUGUGUUAGCCUGAUCUCAGAAGGGCUAAGAAUUUGAGUUCUAGGAAAGAGAUAAGUAUAAUCUUUGAAAAAUCAUAUUUAUUUUCAUUUUUGAUGAUGACUAUAUAAAGUUUAUUUUCAAAGUAAAACUCUAUUAACAAGAUAUAUUAUAGAAAACUUAAAACAAUGAAGAUGUUAUGCCAUUAGCUUCUAUGUUUAUAGAUAACAAAACUGAUCCAUGAACGUAUACUGCAUUUUGCCCAAGGACGAUAGAGGUACAAACAAUGCUGCCAGGACUACUAAAACACUGCCAAAAAUAUAUAAGGGCACAAUAAUGAAAAAAUUCCUUCAUUAAAACUCUCCUAUUUGUAACUUGAUUCUUUAGAAAUAUUUCAAUCGUACUGUUCUUUUAUACUUCCAUAAAAUUUGUCAAAUAAAAUAAGACCACAGACAAUAGGAGAAGACCUGCAGCACAGUGAAGAUUUUCCAUAAAAAUAUGAUGUUUACACUACAAUGCAACCAACACCAUCAGUAAGCAAAUGGUUUAAGGAAGGCAGCAUCAGUCCUCUUUAGUUAUAACUGGUGGAACUCUAUUUAGUCUGUUUCCUUGCAAUUCCCCUCAAGUUAAAAUAAGGCUGACCUACAGCUUGCAGAGUAUUAAACCUUCUGUUCCUGUGAACAUUGGAUGAUUUCUGUGUUUGCAGUUUUGCAGACUACCUAGAAACUAGAACAUAUUUCUAGGCUUCCCAGUGUCACUUUGUUACAAACCUAACAUGUAAAUUUGAUUUCUCCUGAAGUGCUUAGAAACAGUACAAUAAAUAAUAAGAAAAAUCAAGGAGGGAAAAGUAAACUGCUACUAUAAAAUAACCUAAGUGGUUUUUAACAAUUUUUUUAAUUUAGUGAGAGGUUCAGCAAACUUCAUAAUAUUGAUUUGCUCCCAUACAUAUUGUUACUACAUUUGAGAAGUGAACAAGCAUAGUCAUAGCUAUCAUAUUUAUAUCUUAUAUAUGAAUUCAAGCUCUAGCUUCAGAAGGGGCAAAAUCCAAUGCAUUAUUAAAUUGCAGGUAUAAUGAUUUGAACAAAUAUGAAAAAGUUAAAGACCUCACCAUAUUGAAUCAUUAUCCUUGAAGAUGUUAUUUUGUACAGUUGAGAAUUUCAAAGCUUGACUCAAGGUCCAGUUAAGUUGGGCAGAAGGAAUUCAAUGUAUCAGGCAGCUUGGGUUUCCAUAUUCAGUCACUAUCCAUCAUUAUGUUAGAAAGAUGAGUAGAAACACUCUGCAUUUCUUCUGUAUGGUAUAGGAGUAUAUGGCUUGACUACUCCAUGUUCACAAUGUUAUCAAGUAGAAAAUAUUGUAUAAAGCUACGAUGUUGGAUGACUCUAGCAAUUUGUUUCAACUAGUUGGUAUAUACACUUGUCCCCCAAUUUUUGUUUUAUCAUGUUUAAUAAAUUCAACAGGAAAUUUUCGUUUUGUAUGUUUUUAAAGUCUCCCCUGAUAGAGUAGUGAUUUGGCACCAUCUUUUGCCAAUAUAUUUAAGAUGAAGACCACUCUGUGAUAACUGGCUCAUCAUUAUUUCAGUAAUGGUUUACUGCCAUUGUUAACAAUGGAGAAUGAAUCAUUCUCCCUUGUUGACUGGAUUAGAAUGAAAACAAAAUACUAGAUAAGGCUCCAACUAAAAUGUAUCUGAAACAGAUGUUUGAAAAAUGAAAUUUUCAUCUUGUGUUCAAUGGUGAACUUAAAAAUUUAAAGAUUCAAAUGCUUGAUUCCUGUUUCACUUUAAGCUAAAAAUAGCACAAAGGAGAAGGAGGAAUCCAUCAUCAUAGAACUUUUUUGAGAGAGAUAGGGAUCUUCUGCUUUUAAAACCAGUGUAGUCACAGCUAGAGAACAUAAUCUCAAAAAUGUUUAGACAUGUUCCACAUAGUCUUUAACAUUUGUAAAAGUAGAUUGUGCAUAAUGAUUUAAACAUUUUAAAUGGUGUAAGCAUUGCUAAAUGGGAUAAUUGUUCUUUUGCUGUAAAUUUAAAUAUUUAUACAUUUUUGUAGAAUUAAAGUAUGCCAAUUUA